AUGUCGACGUGGAGGAUAUGGAGCCCUUUUGGGAUUUAUAUAGUCGUUGUUCUCUUGGAUUGUUGUUGGGAAGCGGUAUCUGGACAGCUCUCUUACUCGGUGUCUGAGGAGGUAAACCCGGGGACCUCUGUGGGAAAUAUCGCCAAAGAUCUAAACCUUAAUAUUAACGACUUGGAGGCGCGUAUGUUUCAGAUUGUCAGCGGAUCAAAACGAAAAUAUUUCGAUGUAAAUCUGAAAACGGGAGUCCUUUAUGUGAAUGAAAGAAUCGACCGCGAGGAGCUCUGUGCGAAGGCUACAAAAUGUACUCUCAGUGUAGAGGCCAUGAUCAACAGUCCCCUGAAGCUUUAUCGUUUGGAGAUAAAUAUAGUCGAUAUAAAUGAUAAUGCACCUUAUUUCCCGGAGAAUUUGCAGUCUCUUAACAUUACAGAGAUUGCUGUACCAGGAGGGAAAUUUGGAUUUAUUGGGGCGUCAGACCUCGAUGUUGGUAAGAAUGAUGUUAGUACAUACAAGAUAAGUCCGAAUGAGUAUUUUUCUAUAGAGGUUCACAAAGGGGGAGAGAGUGUAUCUGCCGAGCUUGUUCUUCAGAAAGCUUUAGACAGAGAAAAACAAAACACUGUUAAACUUACAGUGACUGCUGUCGAUGGCGGAAAUCCACCCAAAUCAGGGACAUCUCAAAUUGUUAUCAAUGUUUUAGACAUUAACGACAAUGCUCCGGUUUUCAGUAGUUCAUUGUACAAAGCACGGAUUUCUGAAAACCUACCAGUUGGUAAAACAGUGAUUAUUUUGAAUGCGACAGACGCAGAUGAGGGUUUAAACAGUGAGAUAGAAUAUUCAUUGAGAAGUAAAGGUCAGGAUCAUGUUUUAGAUUUAUUUCAAAUUGAUUCUCAAACAGGUGCAAUUACAGUCAAAGGUAAGAUCGACUAUGAAGAAAAUCCUGCUUUUGAAAUUCAUGCAGAGGCCAGUGAUAAAGGUCAAUCUCCAAUAUCGGCUCGUUGUAAAGUGCUGGUAGAGGUUUUGGACAUAAAUGACAAUGCUCCUGAGAUUACUGUGACGUCACUAUUAAACACAGUAAAGGAGGACGCUGAAGUCGGCACUGCUAUUGCACUUGUCUCUGUACUGGACAGUGAUGGAGGGAAGAACGGUGAAGUAAAAGCUGUCAUUUCAAAUGAAACUCCAUUUAAAUUGGACACAAAUUAUAGAAACUAUUACUCGUUAGUAGUUGAUGGACCGCUUGAUAGAGAGACUAAGGCCCAGUAUAAUAUCACUAUCAUAGCUACUGAUGAAGGGACUCCACCUCUCUCCAGCACCAGUAUAGUGACUGUUCACGUCUCUGAUGUCAAUGACAACCCUCCUCGCUUCUCGGAGCCUCUCGUUAAUGUUUAUGUAAAAGAAAACAGUCCAGUAGGAUCAGUUAUUAAAACCGUAACAGCACUUGAUGCUGAUAUCAAUGAAAACGGUCAGGUAAGCUACUCAUUCAUACAAAGUAACAGUAAUUCUUUAUCGUUAACUACAAUGGUAAAUAUCAACUCAGAGACUGGAGAUAUAGUCAGUUUGCAGUCUUUUAACUUUGAGGAGUUAAAAACGUUUCAGUUUAAAGUUCAGGCCACAGACUCUGGUGUUCCUCCGCUCAGCAGCAACGUGACUGUCAAUGUUUUUAUUCUGGAUGAAAAUGACAAUAAUCCAGCUGUUCUGGCACCCUAUUCUGAGCACGGCUCUGUUAACAGUGAGAGCAUCCCCUAUUCUGCUGAAGCGGGAUACUUUGUGGCAAAGAUCAGGGCUGUAGAUGCAGACUCUGGAUACAAUGCGCUGCUUUCUUAUCACCUGUCUGAGCCCAAAGGGAACAACCUCUUCCGGAUCGGAACCAGUACCGGGGAAAUCAGGACUAAGAGGAGAAUGAGUGACAAUGACCUGAAAACUCACCCCUUGGUAGUGUUGGUUUCUGAUAACGGAGAACCCUCCCUGUCAGCUACUGUGUCUAUUGAUGUGGUGGUGGUUGAAAGCACAGCUGACAUCCAGACUCAGUUCAGACAUGUUCCUGUGAAGGAGGACAGCUUCUCUGAUUUAAACCUGUAUCUGCUGAUCGCCAUUGUGUCGGUGUCAGCGAUCUUUCUGCUGAGCCUCAUCAGUUUAAUAGCUGUCAAAUGUCACAGGACAGACGGCAGUUUCAGCAGGUACAGCGCCCCAAUGAUCACCACCCACCCUGAUGGAAGCUGGUCUUACUCUAAAGCUACUCAGCAGUAUGACGUGUGUUUCAGCUCAGACACACUCAAGAGUGACAUGGUGGUUUUCCCCGCGCAGUUUCCACCUGGAGAUGGGGAGCUAAUCAGUAUUAACGGAGGAGACACUUAUACCAGGACUCAGACUUUACCCAAUAAAGAAAAGGUAAGAGAAAUACGAAAACAACAAUUAUUGCAAUGUGUCGUUGUCCAUGGUGCUGAAAGUAGCGCCACAAUGUGUGGAAGGCUGGAUACAAACAUGUCGACGCGGAGGAUAUGGAGCCCUUUUGGGAUUUAUAUAGUCGUUGUUCUCUUGGAUUGUUGUUGGGAAGCGGUAUCUGGACAGCUCUCUUACUCGGUGUCUGAGGAGGUAAACCCGGGGACCUCUGUGGGAAAUCUCGCCAAAGAUCUAAACCUUAAUGUUAACGACUUGGAGGCGCGUAUGUUUCAGAUUGUCAGCGGAUCAAAACGAAAAUAUUUCGAUGUAAAUCUGAAAACGGGAGUCCUUUAUGUGAAUGAAAGAAUCGACCGCGAGGAGCUCUGUGCGAAGGCUACAAAAUGUACUCUCAGUGUAGAGGCCGUGAUCAACAGUCCCCUGAAGCUUUAUCGUUUGGAGAUAAAUAUAGUCGAUAUAAAUGAUAAUGCACCUUAUUUCCCGGAGAAUUUGCAGUCUCUUAACAUUGCCGAGAGUACUGUGCCAGGAGGGAAAUUUGGAUUUAUUGGGGCGUCAGACCUCGAUGUUGGUAAGAAUGAUGUUAGUACAUACAAGAUAAGUCCGAAUGAGUAUUUUUCUAUAGAGGUUCACAAAGGGGGAGAGAGUGUAUCUGCGCGGCUUGUGCUUCAGAAAGCUUUAGACAGAGAAAAACAAAACACUGUUAAACUUACAGUGACUGCUGUCGAUGGCGGAAAUCCACCCAAAUCAGGGACAUCUCAAAUUGUUAUCAAUGUUUUAGACAAUAACGAUAACUCUCCGGUUUUCAGUAGUUCAUUGUACAAAGCACGGAUUUCUGAAAACUUACCAGUAGGAAAGACAGUGUUAAUCUUGAAUGCGACAGACGCAGAUGAGGGUUUAAACAGUGAGAUAGAAUAUUCAUUGAGAAGUAAAGGUCAGGAUCAUGUUUUAGAUUUAUUUCAAAUUGAUUCUCAAACAGGUGCAAUUACAGUCAAAGGUAAGAUCGACUAUGAAGAAAAUCCUGCGUUUGAGAUUCACGCACAGGCCAGUGAUAAAGGCACACCUCCAAUGUCUACUGAUUGUAAAGUGCUGGUAGAGGUUUUGGACAUAAAUGACAAUGCUCCUGAGAUUACUGUGACGUCACUAUUAAACACAGUAAAGGAGGACGCUGAAGUCGGCACUGCGAUUGCACUUGUCUCUGUACUGGACAAGGAUGGAGGGAAGAACGGUGAAGUAAAAGCUGUCAUUUCAAAUGAAACUCCAUUUAAAUUAGACACAAAUUAUAAAAACUAUUACUCAUUAGUAGUUGAUGGACCGCUCGAUAGAGAGACUAAGGCCCAGUAUAAUAUCACUAUCAUAGCUACUGAUGAAGGGACUCCACCUCUCUCCAGCACCAGUAUAGUGACUGUUCACGUCUCUGAUGUCAAUGACAACGCGCCUAGGUUCUCGGAGCCGCUUAUUAAUGUUUAUGUGAAAGAAAACAGUCCAGUAGGAUCAGUUAUUAAAACCGUAACAGCACUUGAUGCUGAUAUCAAAGAAAACGGUCAGGUAAGCUACUCAUUCAUACAAAGUAACAGUAAUUCUUUAUCGUUAACUACAAUGGUAAAUAUCAACUCAGAGACUGGAGAUAUAGUCAGUUUACAGUCUUUUAACUUUGAGGAGUUAAAAACGUUUCAAUUUAAAGUUCAGGCCACAGACUCUGGUGUUCCUCCGCUCAGCAGCAACGUGACUGUCAACGUUUUUAUUCUGGAUGAAAAUGACAAUAAUCCAGCUGUUCUGGCGCCCUAUUCUGAGCACGGCUCUGUUAACAGUGAGAGCAUCCCCUAUUCUGCUGAAGCAGGAUACUUUGUGGCAAAGAUCAGGGCUGUAGAUGCAGACUCUGGAUACAAUGCGCUGCUUUCUUAUCACCUGUCUGAGCCCAAAGGAAACAACCUCUUCCGGAUCGGAACCAGCACCGGGGAGAUCAGGACUAAGAGGAGAAUGAGUGACAAUGACCUGAAAACUCACCCCUUGGUGGUGUUGAUUUCUGAUAACGGAGAACCCUCCCUGUCAGCUACUGUGUCUAUUGAUGUGGUGGUGGUUGAAAGCACAGCUGACAUCCAGACUCAGUUCAGACAUGUUCCUGUGAAGGAGGACAGCUUCUCUGAUUUAAACCUGUAUCUGCUGAUCGCCAUUGUGUCGGUGUCAGCGAUCUUUCUGCUGAGCCUCAUCAGUUUAAUAGCUGUCAAAUGUCACAGGACAGAAGGCAGUUUCAGCAGGUACAGCGCCCCAAUGAUAACCACCCACCCUGACGGGAGCUGGUCUUACUCUAAAGCUACUCAGCAGUAUGACGUGUGUUUCAGCUCAGACACACUCAAGAGUGACAUGGUGGUUUUCCCCGGGCCGUUUCCACCUGUAGAUGCGGAGCUGAUCAGUAUUAACGGAGGAGACACUUAUACCAGGACUCAGACUUUACCUAACAAAGAAAAGGAAUUGGAUUUGUGUUCUUUGAUUUUAAUAUUGUUUGACGAGACGGUGUCUGGACAGCUCUCUUAUUCCGUCUCAGAGGAGGUAAAUACGGGAACUUCUGUUGGAAAUAUCGCCAAAGAUCUAAAUCUAAACGUCCAGGAUUUGGAGUCUCGCAUGUUUCAGAUUGUUAGUGGAUCAAAGAGAAAAUAUUUCGAUGUGAAUCUGAAAACGGGAGUCCUUUAUGUUAAUGAAAGAUUAGACAGAGAAGAGCUCUGUGCAAAGGCUACAAAGUGUACUGUCAGUGUAGAAGCCGUGAUCAACGACCCGCUGAAGCUUUAUCGUUUGGAAGUAACGAUAUUAGAUAUAAAUGAUAAUGCACCACAUUUUUCUGAGCAAUUGCAGUCACUUGACAUUUCAGAAAAUACUCUACCGGGAGUGAAAUUUGGGCUGAUAGAGGCAUCAGAUUUGGAUGUUGGCAAGAACGGUGUUAGUACAUAUACGCUUAGUACGAAUGAUUAUUUCUCUCUAGAAAUUCACAAAGGGGGAGAGAGUGUGUCUGCCGAGUUAGUGCUGCAGAAAUCUUUAGACCGUGAGCAAGACUCUGUUAUAAAACUCACACUGGCUUCAGUAGACGGAGGAAAUCCAUCGAAGUCAGGAACCUCACAAAUUAUUAUCAACGUUUUAGAUACAAAUGACAAUCCUCCCGUUUUCAGUAAAGCUUUAUACAAGAUUCAAAUUCAUGAAAACCUGCCAAAAGGCUCUAAAGUGAUCACUCUCAAUGCAACUGAUGCAGAUGAGAGUUCAAACAGUGAGAUAGAAUAUUCAUUAAGGAGUAAGGGUCAGGAUCAUGUUUUAGAUGUAUUUGAAAUUGACUCAAAAACAGGCGAAAUUACAGUCAAAGGUAAGAUCGACUAUGAAGAAAAUCCUGCGUUUGAGAUUCAUGCACAGGCCAGUGAUAAAGGCACACCUCCAAUGUCUGCUCAUUGUAAAGUGCUGGUGGAGGUUUUGGACAAAAAUGACAAUGCUCCUGAAAUUACUGUAACAUCACUGCUAAAGACAGUAAAAGAAGAUGCGAAUGUGGGCACUGCUAUUGCACUUGUCUCUGUACUGGACAAGGAUGGAGGGAAGAACGGUGAAGUAAAAGCUGUCAUUUCAAAUGAAACUCCAUUUAAAUUGGACACAAAUUAUAAAAACUAUUACUCGUUAGUAGUUGAUGGACCACUCGAUAGAGAGAAUAUGGCCCAAUAUAAUGUCACUAUCAUAGCUACUGAUGAAGGGACUCCACCUCUUUCCAGCACCAGUAUAAUGACUGUUCAUAUCUCUGAUGUCAAUGACAACCCUCCUCGGUUCUCGGAAUCGCUUGUUAAUGUUUAUGUGAAAGAAAACAGUCCAGUAGGAUCAGUUAUUAAAACAAUGACAGCACUUGAUGCUGAUGCAAAUCAAAAUGGUCAGGUGAGCUACUCAUUCAUACAAAGUAACAGUAACUCGUUACCUUUAACUACAAUGAUUAACAUCAACUCAGAGACUGGAGAUAUAGUCAGUUUGCAGUCUUUUAACUUUGAGGAGUUAAAAACGUUUCAGUUUAAAGUUCAGGCCACAGACUCUGGUGUUCCUCCUCUCGGCAGCAACGUGACCGUCAAUGUUUUUAUUUUGGAUGAAAAUGACAAUAAUCCAGCUGUUCUGGCGCCCUAUUCUGAGCACGGCUCUGUUAACAGUGAGAGCAUCCCCUAUUCUGCUGAAGCGGGAUACUUUGUGGCAAAGAUCAGGGCUGUAGACGCAGACUCUGGAUACAAUGCGCUGCUUUCUUAUCACCUGUCUGAACCAAAAGGAAACAACCUCUUCCGGAUCGGAACCAGCUCUGGGGAAAUCAGGACUAAGAGGAGAAUGAGUGACAAUGACCUGAAAACUCACCCCUUGGUGGUGUUGGUUUCUGAUAACGGAGAACCCUCCCUGUCAGCUACUGUGUCUAUUGAUGUGGUGGUGGUUGAAAGCACAGCUGACAUCCAGACUCAGUUCAGACAUGUUCCUGUGAAGGAGGACAGCUUCUCUGAUUUAAACCUGUAUCUGCUGAUCGCCAUUGUGUCGGUGUCAGCGAUCUUUCUGCUGAGCCUCAUCAGUUUAAUAGCUGUCAAAUGUCACAGGACAGACGGCAGUUUCGGCAGGUACAGCGCCCCAAUGAUCACCACCCACCCUGAUGGGAGCUGGUCUUACUCUAAAGCUACUCAGCAGUAUGACGUGUGUUUCAGCUCAGACACACUCAAGAGUGACAUGGUGGUUUUCCCUGGGCCUUUUCCACCUGUAGAUGGGGAGCUAAUCAGUAUUAACGGAGGAGACACUUAUACCAGGACUCAGACAUUACCGAACAAAGAAAAGGUAAGAGCAGCACACUUGUAUCGGCUUAUAUCAGCUUACAAAUGUAGCCAAUACGUGUUAUUAAACAAUGACCUUAUUUGCUAUUCCUGUAUUUAG